AUGAAGUGUAAGAAAUGGUCACAGGCUCGUGUUUAUUCAGAUGCCAACCAGAGGCGAGAUCAGGAUUAUUGGGAUUAUGAGAAUUCGACAAUCAAAUGGUCAACCAACAACAGGUUCUAUGAAAUCGAGAACAAAGUGGGGAGGGGUAAAUAUUCCGAGGUAUUUCAAGGUGUUCAAUUAAGCACACGUCGAAGUAUUGUGAUAAAAAUGUUAAAACCUGUGAAGAAGAAGAAGAUUAAACGUGAGAUUAAGAUCCUUCUGAAUCUCUCUAAUGAAGAACAUCCACCUACGUCGGAGAAAUUUAAUAAAGUCAGUUAUUAUACGAAUCAAAAAGAUGAAGCCCUUCAAUAUAUGAGAACUUAUCUUUAUGAUUUACCGCAUAAUGGACAUGAAAAUAUUGUUCAAUUAUUGGAUGUGGUAAGGGAUCCAAUUUCAAGGACACCAGCCCUAGUAUUUGAACAUGUUAAUAAUAUCGAUUUCCGCAUUCUUUAUCCCAAGUUGACCGAUAUGGAUAUGAGAUUUUACAUGUUUGAACUUCUGAAAGCUCUUGAUUACUGUCAUUCCAUGGGGAUCAUGCAUAGGGAUGUUAAGCCACAUAAUGUAAUGAUUGAUCAUAAGCACAAAAAAUUGAGAUUAAUCGAUUGGGGGCUUGCAGAAUAUUACCAUGCCAAUAUGGAAUACAACGUACGUGUUGCAUCUAGAUUUUUCAAAGGUCCAGAAUUACUAGUGGAUUAUAGAAUGUACGAUUAUUCCCUUGACCUUUGGUCGUUUGGUACUAUGCUAGCCUCAUUAGUUUUCCAGAAGGAGCCAUUUUUCCAUGGAACUAGUAAUACCGAUCAGUUGGUUAAAAUUGUACGUGUAUUGGGCAGCGAGGAUUUUGAGAAGUAUUUGCUCAAAUAUGAAAUAACACUACCCAGUGAAUUUCAUGAUAUGGACCAAUACAUCAGAAGACCUUGGCGUCGGUUUAUCAAUGAUUCAAAUCGACACUUGAGUGAUAAUGACGAAGUGAUAGAUCUUUUAGACAACUUACUGAGAUACGACCACGCGGAACGACUCACUGCCAGGGAAGCUAUGGGUCACCCUUGGUUUGAACCAAUACGCAAUGGGGCAUACGAUCUUCCAGCGGGUAAGUAA